UGGUCGUCAUGACACGUGGUAAUCUGGUAUGCUACGCUUUUUUUUUUUAUAAUAGUUGUACGUUAGCUGUAAGGGUGAUGUUUGCUUUGGGGGGCUCCAUGCGGGAAGCUUCAAUUCUAUCAAAUACAGUAAUUUCCAAAUACAAUAAUCCAAAUCAUCAGCUUCAAUAGCAAACGGACGAGACCAGAUUUGUUACAAUAAGAUGUGAACAAAAUCUAACAAUCGAGGAUAUGGACAGGAUAGCUGAUCCAUUACAAGGAAAAGCUAGUGACGCUGGGAAAGUGAUGGGGUGGGAAGAGGCAAUUGCUUACAAGGCAGCUAAAAAUAAUUGCGAUCUUUCCUCUUUAACUUAAUCUAUACUCUUUAAUUUCGGCAAAAAAUUUCUGAAAAAAAUCUAUGCUCUUUAAGGAUGACAAGGAUAAAUAUUUGCAUGGUGAAUGUGAAUUAGGUUAGGAGAUGAGAAGAGAGCUCAGCAUGGCUUGCUUUGAGAGGGCAUCACCUGCAUUGAAGGGGAUACUGCUCAAGUUGUAUCGUGCUGAAAAGCAUGUGGAGAUUGAUCAUCACUUGUAUGAAUUUGGAUCUGUAGAGUACCAUGUUCAGUCAUCAGCAGCAGAUCCAAAUUGCAUCUACCUGUCAAUAUCAACGCCAUUGCUUUCCCAAGGAGUUGAGCAUUCAUAUGGGUUGUCAAAACAGAUGCUGAAGGAAGUUUGUUCUGAUGCUGUGGAAAUUGUUGAACCCCCAAGACAAGGAUACCAACUCACUCUAAAACUUGACUUUUCCAAGAUUCCAACUGAAAAAGAAUCUGAAAAGGUGAUUAGACAAAUUUCUUCAGUGCAAGCAGUCAUUUUAAGUUCCCAGCUGAAAGAAAUGUUGGAGAAUGUCAAUUCUCAAGAUGCGUCUCAGGGGAUGUAUAAGCCAAUCAAACUUGUCUACCACCCAAGAGAACCCUUUUAUGUCAUCAAACAGCCACAAAAAAUCACUGCAGUAUUCCCAAUGCGUUUUAAAGAACCAUCAGAUGUGAUUAUUGCAACAGCCUUUUUUCAGGAACUUAUGGACGUUGGCAGUUCAGAAAAGUGGGCUAAAGCACCACCUUGCACCUGGUCGCCCAUUCCUCCCCCAGAAUUGAGAGGAGAACCUAUAGAAGAUUUGAGCACCAAUGGAGGGUUUGUUUCUUUUGAUAUUUCAUCACGUCAUGUUGAAGGUAAAAAACUAGAUAAGACUGUGUGGAGUCUAUUAAACUUCUAUGCCUAUGUGAAAAAUCACAUAAAGUGCACUAGAGGAUUCAUACAAAGAAGGAUGCAGAAGUGUUUGGAACGCUUGGUUGAGGUCCUGAACAAGGAAAAUAAGGAAGAAGAUGGAGAUGUUAUAAAGGUUAAAGAAAAUGCAGGGUGUAAAUAUGUUAGGAAACUGGUAAAGUUCCCAAAAUCUGCAAUGCUUAAACAAAGAUGUGGUGAAUUCACCAAAAAGAUGAAGCGAAUUCGUUCUCGAAUUAAAAUCCAUGGAUUUGGACGUUUUCAGAGACGAUGGUUGACAACCUCAAAGUUUCCUUCUCCAAUGAGAUAUACUAAACUAGAUUAAUUCAUAUUCUACAUUUAAUAGUUCAUUUGCAGUUAGGACAUGCAAUAUGCUGCCACUUAUGGACUUCAAUGUUUUCCGUGACUGUUACCACAAACCUUUUCUCAUAGUAAGUGCAAAACUGUAUGUUCCAAGUCUACUUAAAUUGUGCAAAUGAUAGCAAAGUAAUUUCAGGAGCCAUCAGACACAUCACAUUAAA